AUGGACACACACCUUGCGGCCUAUCGGGUAUCCAAGCGGAGCCACUGGGCUGCGAGAAAGAAAAAAAAACAAGGGCUGGGGAGACAGGGCACACCUGCAGACUACAGACUGCAGACUGCACCCGAACUACAACUGUACAAUGGAACUGCCGGCCGGUUUGCGGAGAAACUAAUCCUCGGUACACUACUUUAUAUCCUCUCUGAUCCAUCGACGGAGUACGGAGGAUAG